UAUAAGCUGCCCGGAGGUAAUAACGAUCCAUCCUUUACCCAUCCAGAGGAGCCGGGAGCAUUUCACACACAUUGAUCAGUCUGCGCAGUCCCCGAGUGGCGCACUGCUGUCCCCAGCUUGCAGAGAGGGGAAACUGAGGCCCAGAGGGGGAAGUGACUCAGCCAAGGUCACAGCCCUGGGAGCUGGAGGUGCGAACAGAACCCAGGCGUCCUGGCUCCGAGCCCAGUGCUUGACCCGGCCCAUCCUGCUUCUCACUCAGCUGCCCGGUGGGCUGGGGGCUCGGCGCUGUACCUCGCGGCUCCCCCAGCUGGCUCCGCCCCAUCAGACUCACGGCCCCAAGCAGGGAGUGACCCAUCCCCGCGGUAGCCGGGCGCUGGGGAAGGAGGCCGCGGACGGGCCCAGAGCCUCGCUGGCUGGUGAAUCGCCGCCGGGAGCUUCCGGGCCGGGCCGGGCCGCGCUGAGACACUCCCCCUGCCCCGGGAAGAGGAAGGGCGAGAGACCGACCCGACCCCACCCCCGCCCCGGUACGGAGCGGGCACCCGGCACCCCCCGCCCGCGGGAUGGAGCUGGACGGGCUGCGGCUGGACGAGGAGGGGACCUUCUCCCUGAGCGGCUUCCAGGAGUUCACGUUUCUGCCAGGGCACCAGCAGCUGAGCGAGAGGGUGCGGAAGCGCUUGUAUUAUGGCUGGGACAAAGACUGUAGCCUGGACAAUCUCUCCAGCCCGGUGGCAGACAUCGCCGUCGAGUUGCUCCAGAAAGCAGCUCCCAGCCCCAUCCGCAGGCUGCAGAAGAAAUACGUUUGCCACGUGUCUCGGUAAGACGCGACCCCUCCUAGCCCAUUGUCUGCAGCAGGCGGAGACCUCUGGUCUGGCUCGACACUUCAGCGUGGCUACCAGCCACCUGGAUGGGGAGCCUCUUGCCGGAGAGCAUCCUCACCCCAGGCAUCGCGCCUGUGCUGUCGUGCUGGAUUUCACUGGCCCUGUGCUGAGCUUCCCUGGGCCUUUUCCCUUGUCUGCCCCUCUGAUCCCUCCUGGGUCACUGUCUGACUCAUGUGCGCAGCCAGUCCCUGAGCCACAUGGCAGUGCACGCCGCGCCUGUCUGGUCUGUGUUUCAGCCUGGGUAGUCCCUGGGGCCUGGUGCUCUCAGGUUUCUGUAGUGCCAAAGGCGAGCAAUGAGGCUUCUGGGUUUUACACCUUGGCAGGGCAGGGAGCCAGCCAGUGCCACUGUCCGGGCCAGUUCCCGUUUGUGUGAGGGAGUGAAGGGUUUCCUGUCACAGGCAAAGCUCUACGCUGGUGGGCCCAGAGCCCUGCGGCUGGGCCGCUCUCCCCUCUGUCCACUAGAGAAAGCCAUGACCCUUGUG